AUGAGCCUUGAUCCAAAUGCCUUUCCGAGGUCGGACUCCCCCGCAAGCUCCGAGAGCUCCUUGACACGCUCCCGUUUACAAGGCAAGGAAGGGUCCUUCAAAAAAGACAAGAACUAUCGCCGAUAUGCAUCUAGCGUUGAACGAGCGCUUUCGCUCUUUGACAACGCUCUCCAAGAAUGGGCCGACUAUAUCUCGUUCCUCGGACGCCUGUUAAAGGCACUCCAAACCCACCCACCCGAUCAGCCCGUCGUUCCUCAUAAAGUGUUAGUGUCGAAGCGACUCGCCCAGUGCUUGAACCCGUCGUUGCCAUCAGGCGUGCACCAAAAAACCCUCGAAGUCUAUACGUACAUAUUUGGAUUGAUAAAGCUCGAGGGAUUAUCGCACGACCUGCCUUUGUAUCUCCCUGGCCUUGCACCAACAUUGACUUUCGCCUCCCUUACUGUCCGCCCAUUGUUUCUGUCUUUGGUAGAGGGAUAUAUCGUUGAUCUGGAACCAUGGGCUAUCCGCCCCGCCCUGAAAUCAAUCAUUUUAGCCCUACUUCCAGGCCUCGAAGAGGAGACCAGUGACGAUUUUGAGCCCACACUACGCACAGUUAAUAAACUGCGAGAUGCUGCUGGACAACUUGAAACACAAAGGACGUCCGAAGCUGGGUCAUCUGGGCAGUAUUUCUGGCAAUGCCUCUUUCUCGCAUCUAUCACGAACCCCAGUCGGCGGCUCGGUGUCCUCGCAUAUUUGAACCGCUACCUCCCCAAGCUAGGUAUCGCAGAUCGUCGACCGAGCACGGCUGGUGGGAGCGAUUUGAAUGAUAUUCCACCUGAAAUACUGGCCGCAGCAGACUCUGUCAUUCUACCAGAGCCUGGCCUCUUGAUUCGAUGUUUUGCAUCGGGUUUAUCUGAUGACCAGCUCCUUGUCCAACGCAACUUCCUAGAUCUUCUUGUCACCCACCUUCCUCUCAGCUCUCCGAUUCUGCAAAACAAAAUUGCGGCCACUGAUCUUCAAACAUUGGUAAUUGCCGCAGUGGGGGUGAUCACUCGGCGAGACAUGAGCUUGAAUCGCCGACUCUGGGCUUGGUUCUUAGGACCGGAUUCUCCAAACGAUAGCUCUUCGAUGGAUGGUCGAAAAUUCUCAUCGGAAACCGCUCGAUCUGCCUCCGUUGAUGGAAAGGAACUCACACAAUCACAAUAUUUCAGCCGGGUAGGCUUGCAGCCAUUGGUCACUGGUCUAUUGAAUAUGAUCAAACAGGCACCGAGUAUUCCGUCGGAUAGAACUAAGCCCUUUCGCAUAGCUCUGUCCCUAAUGGAUCGCUGGGAAAUUGGUGGAUACAUUGUCCCUGCUGUUUUCUUGCCCACUGUACGCAGUGUUCAGGCGUUUGAAUCCACGGCCCCAAAGAGCCACUUCGAAGAGGUUUUCCGCAGUGCGAGCGCCUUUUUUGAUGGUGUUGAAAGUGGUGUUAUAUUCUCUGAACUUCUGGGGUUAGUUGAUUACCGGUCUUCUGAUGUAGAUGUUGAUAGCGACCAAGUGUUGCGUGAUUUGAAUCUUGCACAAUUUAUUGUUGAGAAUUUCAAUGUGCGCGAGGACGAUAUGGUUCAGAUACAUGUUCCUCUGCUGACAUUGUCAGUGCUCGUGAAGAUGAGAGAUAUUUCAUGGAAGGAGAGCACUGCCAAUAGACAGGCCGUGGCUGCCGCGUUGAAUAAAGUUCUCAAAUCGUUGACAGGCUUGCUUACAGAGCGGGCGUUCUCGAGAAAGGCGGGCUCUGAAAAGACUGCUGGCAACGACACAAAGGGCGGCAGUACUGAUAUCUUGAAAACUGUUCACAGUUUCUAUGAGCAAAGCAAACACAGCUUGGAGCUUCCACCUCUUCCUUAUGCUCCUAAGAAUCUUGGCGAAAUGAUCAUUCGAGAGGCUCAUGAACUAGCUAUCGCGGCGCUAGGAAGCCGCGAUGGCAACCUCGCUGUUCAUGAACCACUCGAAAUUCUUGUCACUUUGCUCAAGGCGCUUCCAAAGUCCCGCGUUCUACGAGAUCGAAAACUGUAUGAAGCACUCUCUCGGCGACUAGGUUCGGGGAAGGACAAGCCAACAACCGCCUCCUUCUCAGUCAUAUCGACGAUUGCUUCGACAGUGACGAGUUUGUUCUUCAUUCAAACUCCCGGCUUCUACGUCAGCUAUGAGGAUGCUUGCGAUCUGAUUACCCCUCUUGUCAACCAGCUUUGGUGGUACUUAUCACCCCUUAGUCCAAAGUUCCACGUGGAAGCUGUCCGCUGUUUAUGGCUCCUGCAUUCAAUUUCUUGGAUUGAUCACCUUGUCGAGGCGUCCCUGACAGCUUUAAUGGUCAAUAUUUCAACCGCAGCAUCUCGCCAUCUCUCAUCUGAGCAACAAGCCGAGCGAUUCUACGUCUUGUGGAACCACAGCCAUCAUAACACACAUGAGCAACCGCCAAAGCAAGUACUUGAUGUUGGAGGGACCAUCUUCUCUUACCAGUGUUCUAUGCUUGAACGUCCGCUUUUCAUCGUCCUUGAUCUUCUCUCCCAAGAGUCAAGUGAUAGUUCGCAGAGCGUUCAACUAUGGCUCCAAGACUUGCCAUCUAUUCACAAGGUUUUCCAUGUGGUCAUCUCUAAUCUUGACGAGCUUUCUGAGCAUGAUGAAAGCAAAGAGAAAAAGACAGACAGCCACUCAAUUUCCCCAGAUGACUAUAAGGAGUGUGACUAUCUGUUACAGACAGCCUCCAAUAUCAUAUCGGCGCUUUCGCACAAUGGAUGGAUCGCACUACUUACUCAUGUACUAGGUAAUGAGAAACGCCUUGAAAAAUCCAAAUCUGAAGAAAAUGCAGACUUCAAAAGCCUCCAUUCCGCCAUAUUUGAAGCAUCUCUUCGAAUCGUCAGCACACAAUCCCCAGCUGCUAUGGAAGUUAAUCUAGAUGGAGAACGUCUACAUAGGGAUGCACUCCAGCUCAUGCGGCAACUUCUUCUUGGGCCCGGAGCGGAGGAAUUAGUCGAGUCUGGCAUUGAUGACUUCUUGGUGGAACGUCUUCUUGUCUCUUCCGAGGGGGGCAGUAUUGCGGUGCAGGGUGCACUAAUCGACGCACUCCUUGCUGCAUUGAAAGUGCGAUUUGCGCAAGCAUAUCUACCAUCACCGCCGCCACCGCCACCCCGGUCAAAACAUUUACGAGCUAGCUCUCGAGAUCGGCUGACCAGUCCUUCAAUCUUGUCUUUCACUAGUGAGAAGGGGGAUAGGAGACAAUCGCUACCUCAGCUACCGCAGCCGCCAGAGCGGCUUCUGGAUUGUCUUUUAAAGGGAAUCAGCUCACCUAAAUCCCGAGAAAUUGUAGACAAGUGGAUAAUGUUGCUCUGUGAGGUGCUCCCUCUAUAUUCAGGUUCCAUAUUCCAGAUCCUAUUGAUGCUGGUGGAAUGUUUCUGCAGGGAAAUUCGAGCAUCGUAUGGCAGACUUCAGCUAUCCUUUCAGCAAACAGAGGAUUGGCCGCAGGACCGUUCGGAGCAUGUCACAAUUGCUCUUCUGACUGGCCUCGAGACUUGUAUCGCAAAUGCCCACGAACGUCUCAUUAUAGAAGAGUCCAAUGUUCCAGCAGUAAAGAGCCCUGACCAAGUGCAGGGCUUUUUCGGGAAUAUGGUGUCUGGGGUAUUCAACUCAGAAGGCGGGCAAGGUCGCCCAAAUACCGCCAACGACCGCCUGACUGUUCUUCUCUGUUUCCAAGAUGCUUGGCUACCCCCCGAUUCCGAAUCUCUAGCCUCAUUUCAAUACACCUCUUUGCGAAUGAGGAACCGUUCACGGCGAAUCUUGGAGCACUUCUUCACCGCAGAGGCACUUGAAUGUCUUGAGACCUUAGUGGAAAUGUGGACUAAGUCUGACACGGAGACAGCGUCACUUAUCUUCAAUCUCCUCCACACGCUCGAUGGGUCAAGCCCGAAAAUCACCAUUCCUGCCAUUUUCAAUGCGAUCUACACUCGCACUAAUCCUAGUGCCUUGGAUCCUAGCCGGAAGUCUUCGUUAACGUCCAAUCUCUCCGAGUCUGAGCUUGCUAGCUUUUUGGUUACUUAUGCCCGUUCACUGGACGAUGAUUUCCUUGACGAGAUUUGGACGGACUGCACAACUUUCUUGCGCGAUGUUCUUAGCAAUCCAUUCCCGCACCGCCAGAUCCUUCCUCGUUUGAUUGAAUUUGCGGCUAUUUUGGGGGUGAAAUUAGAGAAAACAACCUUCGGCGAAGACCGCCGUAUGCGAAAGGAACUUGGAGAUGUCCUCCUACGACUUCUUACCGCGGUCUUUACCAGCAAGCCCCUAGGCCUUAGCCAAGACACUGUGCCUAUGGCAAGAUCUUCGGUGGACCAUGAUCGUACCUCGGUCUCUCAUACUGGACCCGAUGACAUGCUGAGCAUCUUAGCGGUCUCUAUGCCGUCGUUUAUCACGACUCUGGGUGAUUCAGAUCGGAUCAACACUGCCAUCACUGGUAUUUCGACUAAUGUAGUGGGACCUCUCAUCCGGUCACGUCUCUUCCCCAACAAUCUCAACCGUAACGUCAUGGUUCUUCUACAGCAAAUGGCAAAAGUACCAGCUGCGGCGAAAAUAUGGAAGAAGGACAUAUCCGACGCGUUCAAUGAUGCCCGAUUCUUCGGAUUGCAGUUGGACUUGGUGAAGAGCAAUUGGAUGGACUUGCUGCGCCAGUGGGUUCUCGCCGACAAGGAGCGCCUAUCCGAACUUCUCGUCCGUCUUCCACCACCAAGCUCAGCCGGUAUCAUGUUCGGCGUAGGAGCCUCUGCGGCUAGGUUGGAGGCCGAUCGCAAAGCGCAGCUUAAUCUCCGGCGGAUCGCGCUACUCCUGCUUUCUGCCAGCGAUGAUUACUUUGUUGGUGAAUUGCCUGCAUUGCUGCAGAAACUGGAAGAUCUUCUUGCGGCAACCAGCUCUUCAUCGCCAUCUUCUGCCACUCGGGCAGAAGUGUUCAUGGUCCUUCGAGCAGUCGCGCUCAAGACCUCUGCCUCCGCCAUGGCGCCAUUCUGGCCUUUGAUCAACACAGAACUGCAAGAAGCCAUCUCCACAGUACCCCGGGGUACUCAGCCAGAUCUCUAUAACUCUUACUCGCUGCUUCAAGCGUGCAAGCUUCUCGACAUACUGCUUGUCCUCGCCCCAGACGACUUCCAGCUUCUUGAAUGGCUUUUCGUAACCGACACCAUUGAUGCGGUCUACCCGCCCGACCGCUGGGAGCCCAUUGCUCUGGCAGACGAAGUUUCCCAGACAUUUGGUCCACGCGAUGCGGGCUCACCCACUGUCGCCACUGAGGCCAAUGAGCCCCAGGCUCGCAGUGGACUUAAGCGGCCAUGGCUCAUCUCAGACCAGAUCCGAGAGACAGCCAAGGACGAGAUUGUUGAGCAGGUUCUGCGACCAUUCUUCGCUCGGUUGAGUAUCUAUGUGUUUGAGAGUACGUACGGCAUGGGCAGCGUAGAUCUGACAGUGUGCCGAAACGAUCUGUUAGCAGACCUCUUCAACGAGAACACAAUAGCCAAUUAA